UAGAUAGUUGGCAACGCGAUGGCCAAUCAGCUGACUUGCGCUGGCGACGUAAACAUAUUUUUUGAUAUCAGCGAAAUAGAUAACAGUUAAGAAAAAAGUUUAGUCAUAAUUUCUGGAGCCAUGUUGAAGGCGGUAAUAUUAAUUGGCGGUCCCCAAAAGGGCACUCGUUUCCGCCCGCUGUCAUUGGAUACGCCAAAGCCGCUGUUUCCAGUGGCCGGACGCCCAUUGAUUGCCCAUCACAUUGAGGCUUGUGUGCAGCUAAAGGAACUGAAGGAGAUUCUCAUCAUUGGCUUUUAUCCACAAACGCAAAUGGAGGGCUUCGUCGGCGAUAUGCAAGCGCUUUACAGUAGCAGCAACAUAAGCAUCAGGUAUUUGCAGGAGUUCACCUCGCUGGGCACUGCAGGCGGCAUGUACCACUUUCGAGAUCAGAUACGUGCCGGCAAUCCGCGUGCGUUCUUUGUGCUCAACGGCGAUGUUUGUGCCGACUUUCCGCUGCAGGAGCUAUAUAGCUUUCAUACGGAGCGGCCAUCUAGCGCUUUGGUUACCAUAAUGAGCACGGAGGCGACACGUCAGCAGUCGCUGCACUAUGGCUGUCUCGUAUUCGAUCGCGCCAGUGGUGCUGUGUCGCAUUAUGUGGAAAAGCCGAGCUCCUAUGUGUCCACAUUCAUCAAUUGCGGCGUAUACGUCUGCUCCAUGGACAUAUUCACCAAGCUGGCGCAAAUCUUUCAUGCCAAGGGCGACGAGUACAGCUGCCUUAGCUACUGUAACGGCAAUGGUAAUGGCAAGGACCCGGGCCACAUUAGAUGGGAGCAGGAAGUGCUGACGCCGCUAGCCGGUACUGAUAUGCUCUACGCUAUGCCUGUUCCCAACUGGUGGUCGCAGCUGAAAACCGCCGGCUCGGCUAUCUAUGCCAACCGGCAUUAUCUGGAUCUGUACAAGCGCACACAUCCCGAGCGACUGGCCAAUGUGGGUAACAAGCGCGGUGAGGGCGAUGGCAACCUCAUCUGCACCGUCUUUCCCGAUGUCUAUGUGCAUCCCAGCGCUACAGUGCACCACUCUGCCGUGCUUGGUCCCAAUGUGGCCAUUGGCCCUGGCGUUAACAUUGGUCCAGGUGUGCGCAUACGCGAGUCUAUUGUGCUGGAGCAAGCUCAGAUUAAAGAUCAUACUCUUAUACUGCACUCGAUUGUGGGUCGUGGCUGCACUAUUGGCGCUUGGUCACGUGUCGAGGGCACUCCCAGUGAUCCGGAUCCCAAUAAGCCUUUUGCCAAAAUGGAGAACCCUCCACUGUUCAAUAACGAGGGCAAGCUAAAUCCCUCAAUCACAAUUCUGGGUUGCUUUGUGCAAAUCCCCGCUGAAAAGAUUCUGCUUAACAGCAUUGUCUUGCCGCACAAGGAACUGAGCCGUAGCUUUAAGAAUGAAAUUAUUUUGUAAAAUAUGUGCCUUAUAUUUUUUAACUUAUAAUUCUAUCAGUAUCCUAUGUAAUGGUAUUGUGCAAUAUUUCUAUAAAUUGUCUUUCCUGCCA